AGCCAAGACGAAAUCAUGCUGGGACAAGCUGUAAGGCGAUUCGCGACGUCGGCGGUUCGUUCUUCACAUUAUGCUGAAGGACCGGGAAAUAACCUUCCAUUUUCCGUGGAAAACAAGUGGCGUCUGCUGGGCAUGAUGGUGGUGUUCUUCGGCAGUGGCUUUGCAUUUCCCUUCAUUGUUGUCAGACAUCAGCUCCUGAAGAAGUAAAAGGUCCUCUGAGGUUAUCGGCAGGAACAUAUUUGUCAGACUUCUACUUGUGCAGAACAAUGGGGAUCUCUUAACAGGCUUUGUAAAUAAAAGUACCUCAAAUAUGAA